AAGCAAAUUAAGGUCACAGUUGCUGGUUUCUUUAGACAACCAGAAAGCAUCACAACCGUGUUGCAACAUACUAUUAACAGGAACCUGACAGGUGAAAUGGACUCUGUUGGAUUGAGACCAACAAUCCAAUUUCAAGGAAACCAAGGGCACAUCACAAUUCCCAGACCUGAUUGUUCAGCGCAAUUGCGAACAUUCACGUUUUAUCUUUCAAAUAUCGGCAAGGACAGCCCGCAGGGGAGUUUUGACUGUAUACAGCAGUAUGUAUCCAGCAGUGGUAAUAUCCAGCUGGACUGUCUUGGAAGCAUACAGGAUAAAAUCACUGUGUGCGCUACUGAUGACUCCUACCAGAAGGCAAGGCAGAGCAUGGCACAAGCUGAGGAGGAAACUCGCAGCCGAAGCGCAAUAGUUAUUAAACCUGGUGGUAGAUAUGUAGGCAAGAAGGUUCAGGUACGUAAGCCUGCCCCAGGAGUGUCCGAUGCGGUUCCCUCGAGGAAGCGGCCGACGCCUGUCAACCUUGCCAGUGCAAUAAAGAGAGGCAACAGUGCGAUUUCUCAGAAACCCUUCAAAGAUAGGGUGGUGCACUUACUAGCACUAAAGCCUUACAAGAAACCUGAACUAAUUCUCCGACUGCAGAAGGAUGGACUUCCUCAGCAGGACAAGGAUCUGCUGGACAGCCUCCUGCAGCAGGUGGCAAAUCUGAGUGCCAAGGACAGCACUUAUACCCUGAAAGAUUCCGUGUACAAAGAUGUACAGAAGGAUUGGCCUGGCUAUUCAGAAGGUGAUCAGCAGUUACUGAAGAGGAUACUUGUUCGGAAACACUGUCAGCCCCAUAAUGUUGUGGGAGACGCUCCUUCCUUGAGUCCACCAAAAGACAAUGUGAACUCCUCUUCCCCUCCUCAGAAACGAUCCCAGCCUCUGGAAUUCAUUGAUCCACUAGCCAACAAAAAGCCUAGGAUCUCUCACUUGGCCCAUAGAACUCAACCCACUUUCAAUGGGAAACUGAACUCCUCGAAUGGCAAAGAUGCACUCGCUCCUGCAGUGCAGUCGGCUGUGGCCGAUUCGGUCACCUCCAGCCCUCGCUUACCCGUUCUGGAGCUUCCGAGGCCUCAGGAUCCUCUUUCCGAUAUCAGCAGUGACCUAAGUCACAAUGGCAGAGACUGUGAGAACCCAGAGGCAACUGACAGAUUGGCUAAUCCUUUGUCAACAGACUGUCCCCACACGAGCAAACACAACUGUAGCUCGCUGCAUGUGAAAACCAAGAAAAAAUCCAAAAAGCACAAAGAAAAAGAGAGAAAAGAGAAAAGCGAAGAAAAAUGCAAAGAGGAAAAGCAGGACUAUGAACUAAUCAAGAAAGUUGGCUUAAAAACUAAUACUCCCCAGGCAGUCACAGGUUUAAAUGGAACAUGCAAUAAUUCUAGUGUACCAACAUCAACUUCGGAAAUGCCAGAUUAUUUAUUAAAAUAUGCCUCCAUUUCCUCUUUGGAGCAGCGUCAGAGUUACAAGAAUGACUUCAAUGCGGAGUACAAUGAGUACAGAGACUUGCACGCCCGGAUAGAGCGAAUAACUCGACGGUUCACCCAGCUAGAUUCCAAGCUCAAGCAGCUUUCGCAGGGCUCUGAAGAAUAUAAGACUACCCAUGAUCAAAUUUUACAGGAGUAUCGUAAAAUUAAAAAGACAAACCCUAAUUACAGCCAAGAAAAGAAUCGCUGUGAAUACCUCCACAACAAACUGGCUCAUAUAAAAAAACUGAUAGCAGAGUAUGACCACCAGCAAUUUUAGUCUCGGCACUAAUAUCCAGACUGGGUAGUGCAAAAAAGUUCACUUGGGAUGUUACCGUUUCCUUUAUACAACGACAAAAUAAAUUCCUUUCGGAGCCAAGCACGAAGUCCUUGUGGUUGGAAGAACUUGGGGAUUAUUAUGAUGCGGAGUCUGUGACAUCAGCAUCUGAGCCCAGUAGGAAAACCAGCACCUGGCGUAGUCCUUAAGUUUUACCCUCUCUGAACGUUGGAAAGUUUAAAAAAAAAAAAAAAAAAGGAAAACCUGCUUAUUUGAAGCCAGCAUGUGACACUUAAGGGAAAUCCUGCCUAACGUGAAUAAAACUCCCAAAGGUAAAGAAUCCAUCGUUCUUAUGGAUUAAAGUUUGCAAUGAAGUUUGGUUCUCGCUGGCCCAGCUCUUGCUGCGCUGCAUAUUUUCUUCUGCAAAUGGUGAGGAACUGGAAUGCUGCUAAGUUACCUCCUCCUUCGGCACCUGCGACUGUUCAUAUGCAAGCUGUCUGCGCUACACGGCUCCGUGUUAAAUACUCAAGUUCCCAGAGCGCUCGCUGUUUGUUCCUCUUUGGCUCCGGUUUGUGCUCCCCUCCCAGUGGCUGGGUCAGCAGGAGGGAAACAGCCCCGGGAAUCUGCACCAAAUGUUUUGCCUGAUGCAGAUUUGGGAUUCUCGGUGUAGGAAAUCUCUUCUCCAGCCUGUGUGUGGAACCCGAUGGUGUAAACUGUGAUGGUUUCUCCAGUGUGCACAAUUCAGUCAGCCUGCGUGCUACUUCUCAUAGCAAUGCCAGGAAGACGGAGACCUGUCUGUCUUUGACUUUUCUAGUUUUAUAUCAAGACAGCCAAUUUUAUUAAUUGCUAAUGAGACUGUGGUCUAUUUUUCUAUAUAUAUAUAAAAAGAAGCAUCUUUUCUAAAA